AUGUCGCGUCCGACUGUCAGCAAGGCGAGGACAGGGUAUCCGAUAUUCGCUGCGACGUUUGCGAGUAACAGGCCUGGGGUCCUCGUUGUAGGAGGUGGUGGGGGUGCUGGACGAUCCGGUGUCAAAAACCAAAUCACAGCCUUCGACUUCACCUCACGAGCGCCGACCGUACAACCCUUCGCGGAAAUCGAAGCGAGCAAGGACGACUCGAUAACGUGUUUGGACAACCUGUCUACGAAAGAUGGCCUUAUUUUGUUCGCUGGAAACAAUAGCAGUGAGGAUGACCGGCUAAAGGGCAACAAUGAACAUCUGAGGGCAUUCGAGCUGAAGUAUCCGAAUGGUGCUGAGAAAAGAGACGGAAACGUUGAGUACCUCAGCAAGAUAAGGCUCUUCACCGCACCGCAAUCGAGUUCCGCAAAGAAGGAAGCCUACCAACGUAUCGUGAAACUCUCAAAACCUCAACGAUCGACCUCGAAUACACCCAGCAGACGCAUCGGAGCGAUCGCAUCAAGUCUUGGAGACGAUAACGAGGUCGUCAUCUUUGCCGCUACAUCUACGAGACCUACGGAUCAGGACGUCAUAGGGCGAAUCAGUUUACAUAAUGGCCAGGAAGCUAACGACAUGGACUUUUGGACACAAGAAGAGGGGAAAUAUCAGCUAGCUUACGUCACCGAUUCGGAAGUCUUCGUGCAGACUGUCAACUGGGAUUUUGAUUCAAGGAAGAGCAAGGGAAAGAACGAGCACAGGAAGCUCUACACCAUUCCACACGUCGAGAAGGGUGCGAGGAGUAAGCUGCGAUGUGUACGGUGGCUUUCGCCGAAACAUCUGCUACUAUUAAAGAACAAGCCUAGCAGAAGCGGCGUGGAGUUGCUCCUUGUUCAUCUCUACGAAGAAGGCCAGGCAAGCGUUGUCCUACGGAAAGCAAUGCCCAAGCACGUCAAGGCGGCUACAGAUAUGGACGUCAGCUUGCUCGAUGCAGACAAGGAUGGCGCUUAUCAAAUUGCGAUCGCGAUCGCAGCGAUUGACAUAUCCUUGACGGUGUAUACGAUGGAUUACCAUGGACCUGCCAGAGAUUCUCUGAGCUCGUUUCACGCAUUCAACAGCUAUGAUAAUGUUCACGAAGUGCAAAUGACAAAGACUGUCUUCUCGCCAUUCUACAAGCCCGAAGUACCAGCUGGUCGUCAAGCGCCACCCCAAUAUCUGCGUUUGGCGAGCACGUCUUUGGGAAACACGAUCAGUGUCGAAACAUUCCAAUUACAGGACAUCGGGUCGCGCUAUGUUCUCCAGACGGCGCGUUCGAGAAACAUGUUCACAGCAGCAACCUAUCUCGUUAUCGCCAUGGUCGUCGCAGUGGCCGCUCUCCUGAUUCAGUCACUCAUAGAUCCGGAGGGCAACCUUACCAAAGGCAUACUUCCCGCCAGUCUGCAGAAUGCAGCAAGCCAGCACAAGACGUUUGGAGAAACACUGCGUGAGAAACGCCACAACGCUAUCCUCAACAAUGCGGACUCAUCGGUGGUCAAGACAUCACAUCGGAUCGCAGAUCUACUACAUCUCCACCUCCCUCACGUUCUCUCCGACACCAAGCCAUCCGAGCCUUCAGGUCAACAAAAGGCGCUAGUAAUACAUCACGACCCUGAAUCUGACGGCACACUCAGUACAGAGGUCCACGCUGGAGACGAGGAUGUCUUGAAGAAGCACGCCUCUGCGAGAAAGUGGGAAGAGCUCAGCCACGAAGAGAAGAGCCAAUGGAAGGAGAAGCUGAGCGAUGCGGGUAUGUGGGCUGUGGGUGAGGGCGAGACUAUUCUGAAGUCUAUAUUCUUCGGACAGAUCGGUGGAGUCAUUGGCCAUGUUGCAGAGGGCGUAUUGGCUGGCUAA